AUGGCUAAAACGAAUGGUGAGGACGCACAAGCUACCACGGCUACUCCGGGAUUCCGCAAGUUUCUCGCGACGUAUGCGCCUGACUGGAUCACAGCCGCUGUCCUCUGGGCGGUGUACGUCGUCGUAUGGACGCAAGUCAACGGCUUCCGGAGACAGUUCUCGCUCGACGACACGACGCUGCACUACCCGUACGCGGAGCACCAGCGCGUGAGCGUACCCGCGCUCUUCGCGAUCUGCACGCUGCUCCCCCUCGCGUGCCAGUUUGUCGUGAACCGUCUCACGGUGCGGUCGUGGGUGGAUGUGCACCACGGUGCGCUUGGACUUCUCCUCGGUCUCUCGCUCACGGGCUCGCUCACCCAGCUCGUCAAGGUGGGUGUUGGCCGGCCGCGCCCUGACCUCCUCUCGCGCUGCCACCCCGCGCCCACCGCACACGACCCCGCCUUCGGACUCUCGACGUGGCACAUCUGCGCGCAGCCCGACGCGUCGCUGCUCGAGGACGGCUUCCGCUCGUUCCCGAGCGGCCACUCGAGCAUGGCGUUCGCGGGGCUCGGGUUCCUGGCGUGUUAUCUCGCGGGCAAGAUGCAUCUGUUUGACGAGCGGGGGCAUGCGAGCAAGGCGUGGACGGCGCUGUUCCCGCUCCUCGGGGCGCUGCUCGUUGCGAUCUCGCGCACGAUGGACUAUAGACACCACUGGGAAGACGUAACAGUCGGCUCCGUCCUCGGCCUCGCGGUCGCGUAUCUCGCGUACAGACAAUACUUCCCGCACCUCGCGGACCGCGCUGCACAUCUCCCGCUCACGGGGCGGCUCGAGCGGGGGGCGGCUGCGGAUGCUGAGCGGGGGUCGGCGUCGGCGCACGGCAACGGGGUUGGGCGUCGUAAUGGAAACGGUGUUGCGAAUGGUGGACACGCGGGGUAUAGAGAUGAGCCUGGGAGCGAGGAUGGGGAGGACGUUGGGGAGGACGUUGGGUUGAUGAGCGGGGCGAGGAAGGGAGCUGCGGGGAGGGGGAAGGGCAAGGGCGUCCGGAGGGGCGCUUGA